GGCCAGGCCGCCGUGGAGCCGGGUGGGACGCGGGAGCUGCAAGGCCAGAGAACGAGCGCGGCGACGAAGAGCGCGAGGAAGGCGCUAAGCGGGGACGCGGGAGCGACUCGCUCGGCCAUCCGCCCCGGGGCUGGCGGCCAGGCCCGAGCAAUCGGUGGCCGAGCGGCGCGGGCGGGGCCUCGUUGGAACGGAGCCCAGCCUAGGCCGCCAGGUGCGAGAGGCUCACCUGAGCGCUGCCCAGGCGGUCCGCCAGGGCCUGCGGCCGCUGUCCCCAACAGCCCUCCACCCCUAGGCGGCCUGGACUGAGUCGUGCAGCUGAGUGGAGUGCGGGCCGUCGGGCCCGCACCUGUCAGAUCCGCAUAUGCCCUUGUUGCGCCCUCACCUGUCACGCCCUCACCUUUCAGACCUGCAGGCGCACCUACCGUGCCCACCACUUGCCUUGACCCGUACCUGCUGCUCUGUACCUGCCACAUAUGCCCUGUCGGACUCGCACCUCCCACACCAGUCGCUUCCCUGGAGUCCCAAGUGCAGCGCCUGGACCCGCCGACGUGUGGCUUUCCGCAGAGCCCCUUUGCCUCAUUCGCGCAGAUACUUCUUUUGUAAUUCAAACAGAACUGAAAACUGAAAGUGUAAGAGAAAGUGCUGGAGAAACUUCUGCCCCUGUUUGUGACUUGGAUCUUCUCUAUUAGGAAGAAGCACCCAGACAAGUAAUUUUGCUGUAGAAAUUCACAAAAAAAAAUUGAAAUGUCAGAUUCCACACCAUUUGCGAUGAGACUGGUUCAUCUGGACCUUAAAGGAGCACCGCCAAAGGUCUCGUACCUCUCAAAGGUCUUUCCUCUGUUCCGUGCACUAGGUGCUAAUGGCCUCCUCGUGGAGUAUGAAGACAUGUUUCCCUAUGAGGGUCCCCUGAGGCUGCUGCGGGCCAAGCAUGCCUACAGCCCCUCUGAAAUCAAAGAGAUUCUGCGUCUGGCUAGGAUGAAUGAGCUGGAGGUGGUUCCCUUGGUUCAGACAUUUGGACACAUGGAGUUUGUGCUGAAGCACUUGGCCUUCGCCCACCUCCGGGAAGUGGCGUCCUUCCCCAAUACCCUGAACCCCCACGAGGCAGAGUCUCUGGCCCUGGUAGGAGCCAUGAUCGACCAGGUCCUGGAGCAGCACCCAGGUACUCGGCGGCUCCACAUUGGGUGUGAUGAGGUCUAUUACCUGGGAGAAGGAGAGGCCUCAAGACAAUGGCUGCAGCAGGAGCAGAACAGCAAGGUGAAGCUGUGUCUGUCCCACAUAAGGGCAGUGGCUAGCCAUGUGCUGACCUGGCACCCCUGCACGACGCCCCUAGUGUGGGAUGACAUGCUGCGGGACAUGCCCCAGGACCAGCUCACAGCAUCUGGGGUACCAGAGCUGGUGGAGCCAGUGCUCUGGGACUACGCGGCUGACCUGGACGUGCACGGCAAGGUGCUCCUCAUGCACAAGUAUCAGGAGUGUGGCUUCCAGCGGCUGUGGGCUGCCAGUGCCUACAAGGGUGCUACAGGGCCCAGCCAGGCUCUGCCCCCAGUUGAGCACCACCUCAGGAACCACGAGUGCUGGCUGCAGGUGGCAGGCGGUGGGCCAGCAGGCUUGCUGCAGGGCAUUGUCCUGACUGGCUGGCAGAGGCACGACCACUUCUCCGUGUUGUGUGAGCUGCUCCCCGUGGGGGUCCCGUCGUUGGCGGCCUGUCUGCAGCUGCUCCUCCAUGGAGGAUUCUCUGAAGAUGUCAAAUCAAGAGUGGAGAACAUUCUUGGGGUUUCAAGUGUGGAAACAGCCAGCCCAGUAAGCGAGGGGGCCAGCUCCUUCCCUGGCAGUGACAUCCUCAGCCUUGUCACACACUUCAGCCUGCAUCUGCGCAGCUCCGUGGAUGCACUGCUGGAGAGGAACAGGUACGUGACCGGCUGGUUUGGCCCCUACCAUCGCAGGCGGAAGCUCAUCCACCCCGUCAUGGUCCAGCAUAUCCAGCCCGAGGCUCUCAGCCUCCUGGCCCGGUGGAGCCCCCUUGUGCGGGAACUGGAGGCUGCCCUUCACCAGGCCUUCUACCCAGACGCAGUUGAGGAGUGGCUGGAGGAGAACGUGCUCCCGAGUGUGCAGCGGCUGCAGGUGCUGCUGCAGGACCUCAGCGAGGCAGCUGCCAACACUAACCCGCCUGCUGGCCCCAGCUGGGACACCUGUCAGGAUCCCUGAGGGGAGUGAUAUGUGCGUGGGCAUCUGUGCAGGGUCCAGCAGCUCCUAUGGUGCAGUAAUCAUUGGGAAAGAGAAAAUACUGAAGGGAAAAGCAUGUGGGACCUGUUCUAUGA